AGUUGAGGAUGAUUAGAGCUGAAUUACUACUAGCUUGUUAGCUAGCUUGCCACAUUGUCAGUGCCUCUACAUAGACCAACGAGAAAGGUGCGAACUGCGGUUUGGGUUCAAAUAGAAAGCGGAUUAAGCAUUUAGCUAAUUUCAUCGUAACAAGGACCUCUAUUCAAGAGAUAACCAAUGUAGAAAGUGUAGGUGCUGCUGUGAUCCUCCGAGAAUAGUACAGCUAACGUUAUUGUGAAUAUUAGUUGAAGCAGCGACCUUAUUCUACUCUAUUUAUCCCCCUAAUUCAUGGCUUAAAAGAUGGGGAAUGGAUUAUCAGAGCAACACACUAUUUUCCCAAGCCUCCCAUCCUUCCAGUCUCUCCACAUUGCUAUUCUUGGGCUGGAUUGUGCUGGAAAAACCACCGUAUUGUACAGACUGCAGUUCAAUGAGUUUGUUAACACCGUGCCCACAAAGGGAUUUAAUACGGAGAAGAUCAAAGUGACUCUGGGCUGUUCCAGGACGGUGACUUUUCACUUCUGGGAUGUCGGGGGGCAGGAGAAGCUGAGGCCCCUCUGGAAGUCCUACACACGCUGCACGGACGGGAUCAUUUUUGUGGUGGACUCUGUGGACGCUGAGAGGAUGGAGGAGGCCAAGACGGAGCUGCACAAAAUCGCGCGGCUGUCGGAGAACCAGGGCGUGCCCCUCCUGGUGGUGGCCAACAAGCAGGACCUGAGGAACUCUCUGGCGCUGGGCGAGGUGGAGAAGCUGCUGGCUCUGCGCGAGCUGGGCUCGGCCUCGCCCUGGCACCUGCAGCCUGCCUGCGCCAUCAUCGGAGACGGCCUGAACGAGGGCCUGGAGCGGCUGCACGACAUGAUCCUCAAACGCAGGAAGAUGCUCAGGCAGCAGAAGAAGAAGAGAUGACUCUCGCUGUCUUAAGAGGGGGUUGUGGCUUGCACUGGGAGCGACGGGGGUUCUGUAGUCUGUUCACUCCUGCUGAACCCUGGUGUACUGUGGCCAACAGUUAUCAGCUGAGUUUUAUCAGCUUGCAUUGGUGUCACUUCAGACAUCUGUGGGUCCUCAGACAACAGUGACUUGAUGCCCUCUUGAACUAUAUUGAGCAUUUCUCUGAUCAGAGUUCCAACAAGCUGACCUUUUACAAAGAGGUUAUGUUGAAUCAAUUUAAAUGUUUACACACCUAUUGAUAAGCAAAGCACUAGCAGUAAACCGAUUAGAUCAUUUUGAAGGAAAAAGAGUGAUUUUCUACAUUUUUUAAGUAUUUAUAUGCAUUUAUAAAGGCUAUUAUCUUGUAGGUCACAAUAAGGAUAUCUUGUAUCUGACUGUUUCAUUUUCAGCACCUAUCAAAGCUUUGGUUACAAAUGUGCAAAAUGGUUACCAAGGUUUUUGUUUACAUGUGAACAUUGAAAAUCAGAUUUCUAACACAAUACACGUCAUUCCACUUUUACAGGGUGGUGGUGGCAGCAAACUUCUCUUUGUCCAUGCACCAUUAUUGUUAUAUGAUGAGUGAAUCACAGUUAUGAAUAUAUAGGCCUAUGUAUAUGGUUUUUUAGAUUUUCUUUUAAUGACAGAAGAAAACUAGUCACUGGAUGUUGAUUAAAUGUUAUUUGGGGGGAGUUUUGUUUGAGUGCUGAAGAUAAGCCUUGAUGAAUGCAGUCUCAGAUUAUUUGUUGGCUUUGCCCAUUGAGUACUUUAGUGCCUCCUGUCCCAGGAGAGAUGUUGGGCUAGUUUCACAGACAUGGAUUAAGCCUAGUCCUAGACUAAAUUCUAUUGAGAAUUGAGAUUCUACAUACAAAACUGAAUUUGGUCCAGGACUAAGCUUAAUCUGUCUGUGAAACAGGCCUGUUCCGCCUUAAAUUUUGAGUUCUGUCUGUCCACAGUAUGCUUUCGUAUUCUGCAGACAUUCAAAUGCACUUUAGUAUUCUUCUUUGUACUCAAUUUAUAAUGAAAGGUUUUUUUGCUUCAAGUGAAGCCUGUAAUACACUGUCAACAUGAUGGUUCCUUGGUCAAUGAGUUCUGUUCAUGUUUGAGGUCAAAGAAUUUGUUAAUCCUGAAUAAACACAAACCUGUAUACACUAA